UGCCCGGCCGCGGCCCGCGCGGACUUCCCUCUCUACCGUCCGCUACCCCGCUCCGGUGAGGGAGUCAGGCAUGGGCGGACAGGGGCAGAAAAAGCGAGUACGCGAAGAGCGUUGAUGUUAAGAGUGGUGAAGCUUCUCAUGUGCUUCAACAGAAAGUAGCCUUUUAACCAUGGGAAGGACACCGACGGGAACGGGGGAGGGGGAAAGCGGUGGAAGCGGCAGGAAAAAGCUCGCGGCAGAGAAAAUGCUGUGGCGCUACGAACCCCUGGAGCACUGGACGCAAGGGCCGGGCGGAGGGCGAGUGUGGCGCUGCUGCCGCCUCUCCUGGACACACCUGGCAGCGCCGCAGAGUGGGGCCGAAGGAGCAGGGAACGAAACCGCGGGAGGUGAAGGAGGCGCCAGGCUUGGCCGGAAGGGAGAGGUUGAAAAGGAAAGGCCUACAAAGAGGAAGAGAGAGUUACCACAUCGGGCGGUACCUAGUUCCAGUUCUUGGUCCCAGGGGUUUGUGGUUGCUGCUGCUUUCAUCUUCCUCAGCCAAAACAAAAGCAAAGUGCCAAAGGGCGAUUCCUUUGGACCGUCAGUGCAGUCUCCACCUCGCAGGCUUGGCUCAUUUGUGUCCACUCCCUUCUCCAACCCUUUACACUUGAUGCUCUCAGAUGAGUAGAAAGGAGCACAAUUAGUGGAAAACACAAGCUUGGGAGUCAAGGGAUUUGGGUUCUAUUCUUGUCGUCCCUUGGUGACGACAUCAUUACCUUAGGUUAUUCACGCUUUCAGUGCCAGAGUUCCUAGAUCAAUGAAAGAUUACUGACCUCUUACAGAAAUGUUUUCACGGUGCAGAAUUCCAAAUAAAGUACGUGUAGCCAUGUGUU